CAUUCCAGUGUGUGUUGUUGGUGGGUGGCGAUACUGAUGAACCAAAGCGAGAGAGCAGCAAAUAGCAAAAAGAAGAAAUUGUGAAUGGCGAGUGGUGGUUGUAGUGCGAUGCAGCGGUGCAGUGUAGCUGCAAGGUGGUUAAUAAGAGGAGCGUCGACGGAGACACCUUGUGCGUCUGCCGGAGUAGCAGGUCCAAUAUUAUGUGGGCGUGGUGAUAAAAAGACAAAGAAAGGAAAGAGAUUCAAGGGCUCAUAUGGCAAAUCUCGUCCAAAGAGAGAUCAGAUGAUCGAGCGAAUGAAAGAUAAGCUCGAAGUUCCCAGGUCUACUCCUUGGCCUCUUCCUUUCAAGCUCAUUUGAUUUGCAAAAUGUACUAUUCCAAUUUUCUAGGGUUUGUUUUAUGGUCGUUAUUCAUGAUCAACGAACGAUAUAUGUACUACUUUCAUUACCAUUUUCUAUUUCAAUAUAAUUUUGCCUUUGCUUAA